AUAAAAAUCCCGCAGUGGUCCGUUGACUUAUCACCGAGCAUCAGCCCGAAAAGAAGCCACCACCGCGUGGAUCUAGAACAUUGCCAGUUUCGACGCUGCCGAUUAAUCCCCCCCCAUCAUUGAUCCCCAACCAGCAUGAAGGAGAGACGCCUCCCGCAGCCCUUUGUAGCGCGCUGCAAAUUGGUGCUGGUUGGAGAUGUCCAAUGCGGUAAAACGGCCAUGCUUCAGGUCCUGGCUAAGGACUGCUACCCAGAGACGUACGUCCCGACUGUGUUUGAGAACUACACAGCCUCUAUGGAGCUUGACGGCCAGCGUGUUGAGCUCAGUCUUUGGGACACAUCAGGUUCCCCGUACUACAACAACGUUAGGCCCCUCUGCUACAGCGACUCCGAUGCAGUGCUGUUAUGCUUUGACAUCAGCAGACCAGACAGUGUAGACAACGCGCUGAAGAAGUGGAAAGCGGAGAUCCAGGAUUUUUGUCCUUGUACUCGGAUCCUGCUAAUAGGCUGCAAGACGGACCUGCGCACAGAUGUGUGCACACGGAUGGAGCUGUCCAAUCAGAAACAGACGCCAAUUUCCCACGAGCAGGGUUGUUCCUGGGCCAAGCAGCUCGGUGCCGAAGCGUACCUGGAGUGCUCAGCUUUCACGUCAGAGAAGAGCAUCCACAGCGUUUUCCGUGCGGCCGCCUUGGCCUGCAUGAACAAACUCCAACCGGCCGACAAGCCCAGCCCAGUUCGCCGUCUCUCCAAGAGACUCCUACACCUGCCCAGUAAGACGGAGAUUAUCUCCUCCACUUUCAACAAGGAGAAGUCAAAGAGCUGCACCAUCAUGUGAACACACAGUGGUUGCACAUGAGGACAAGUGACCUGCUGACGGUUCAUCACAGUGAUGUGGGUUUCUAAAUAGAAUAGACACUCCACCCCAAAUCCCCCCUGUCACUUGUCCUAAUACACUCUGACCAUUUGCCGCCGAGACAGAUCAACAAGCUCCAAUCCUUGCAAGGUUGGUGUAAGGGAGGUCAUGCAAGAUCUAAGUGGCGAGGGUGAUUGCUGCAUCACCUUAAUUAUCCCCCAUUUGGAAAUCUAAUAGCAGCGCCAUAACAAUCCAUCUGUCUGGAAGGCAACGAUAGCAACACAUUCGGUACACCUGCACAAUCGAGUGAAUAUGGAGCAAAAACGAGAGAGCUUGAUUCAUCUUGGUGAGCUUAGCUCUCUGCCAACCAAUCACGGCUCACCAGUUUUCUGAAGCUCAGCCGUGAUUGCUUGUGACAUGGGACCUGGCAACUGUGAUGUCAUUUUCAGUCGAGAACAAGUGGCAAAAUGGAUGCCCCCCCUGAGAGGGAUAAAAAAAAGUUGAAUGUUGCUGCUUAACUAAUAUUCCACAAACGCAAUGUUAAUCAGAGUCCCAUCUUUAGACGAGUGGGGUCACAUACAAGAUAUUAUUGUAAAGACGUUUUUUUGGGUUAACUUUCGCUUUAAAUGAAAUUUAUCCUUUGUAAGUGCAAAUAGCAUUUCCUUUACAAUACUGAACAAUGGCAUUGAAAUGUGGAACAAAUUCAGUUCGAUGAAUUAAAAUAUACAAGCAUAACAGACUCAGGCUCGGUUAAACAAAAAUUUAUUUACGAAACUACUACACGUUUGGCACAGAGAGAAUCACUGGUGCAACCUUGUUUUUAUUUUGUUUUAGGCGUGCCACAGAGUCUCGGUCUAAAACACACUAUACUGUCUCACUAGUCCGACCCCACGUGGUAUAACGCCAAACGAAUGAUCCAGAGUCCGACAAAGACAAUCAACAUUAUCUUGGAAAGGUCAAUGCGGCCCUAUGGAGCUCAUGUUGUGCAGGUGUAUCCAAUACUGUUACUUACAAAGGUUAAAUGCUGCUCUCCCCCUGAAUAUUAUGUAAGUGUUGUCAUUUUGCGACAUUCAUGCCUUCUCAUGUGUGUGGCACCGUGGCGCACAAAGAGCAAGAGUGCGAAAGCUCCCUCAACAGCGGUCCUUGAACGAUUGCUUCCCUUGCUACCCAUUUGCUGUUUUUCAUUCGGAUUAAAGCUGACAGCGGAGAAAGUAGCAGCAAGGCUAGCGGUUUUAGCAAGACGAGCGUCGAUUGGCAAAGGCGGUGGGAGGAUGUACUCAAGGGAUGAGAUGCGACUCAGCGCUCACGUGAGCCGUCCAGCGUCGUGGCAGCGAUAACUAUAGGCCUUGAUUUUAGUGGCGGGCGCGAGCACGUCAUCUCCAGACGCCCGCAAUCCACAUCCAAGCAACAUUCAUUAAACGUUCCUUUUGACAUAUAUUGUUUUUGAUUUCCACAUGAUCUUCGAACAAACUUGCCCUGUAGCUGGUUAUGCAACAUUUUUUUGCGUGUGUUGCCUUUUUAGCAUUAACACAAACGUCCUGAGCAGAUGCUGAUUUCCAAGGAGGGGGUGGAAGCAGAAUCACUCAAAUGGGCUGGUCCUGUUUGCAGAAAGACUUUUUCCACCUUUUUCUUUUCCAUUUUCCUUUUCAAGUUCCCGAAUAUGCAUUCCGAACAAAAAUAUAUCCUCGUAUUUCUCUUUACGGCUUGCUUUCUUGAGUGUUUUCACUAGCUGUCGCUGUUGUUGUAUUCACUGGAGUCUUCUGGCAUUAGCGUCGGUUGACAGCUAAGCUAAUGGAAGACUGGAUGAUUUGUAGGGCUGCACCAAGAAGACCGGAGUUGUCUGGUAAUGGAGAACACUGGAAUUUAACAUGUUGCCUAGCAACAGAGUGCAGGGUUCCUGCCUUGCGCAGAGAUAGAGGGAUGAUUCUGCGAGAGGGCGCAUCACCUUUCAUUUGUAGCAUUAGACCAAGCCACGGCAAAGGUGGCGUGGUCUCCUAUUAAAGAACACAAUUUGAAAGACGUCAAUCGGUAGCGCGCGAGAGAAGACAAAUGGAACAACUUCUCAAAUGCACCUUCAGCUCAAAUGAUAUUGUUUUAUUCCACAGCCGUUUCUAGAGCAUCCAGUUUCCUAAAACUAACUAUCUGUUUACUCCCUUGCUCUUUUUCCCUCCUCUACAUAUCUCCCCUUGCUUGUUUGAAAGAAUGUUUCAGUGAAGUUGACAAUGUCUUAAAUUAUUGACUGAAUUCUGUAUUUGUUAUUGCCAUACUCUAUUUUUCAUCUUCAAAUCUUUAUUUAAAUAAAAAUAUUUAAAAAAUCCCAUUUGGGCUCAAC